CACAAGAGGAAAAGGAGCACAAUAUAUACAGGUAGGGCACAUGAGGAACAAGUGAAGACAAUUAACAGAACAAGGGCUAAGCGAUAGAGCACAUGACAAGAGGCUCACAAUCGACGAGACAUGGAGCAUGAGUGUCCGGAUCCCAAACCAGAACAGAAACCCAACUAGUCAGGACCCAGACACCACAAACAUGAAAACAAAAACACAGAACAUGAGUGUCAGGAUCCUGUCACCACUAAAAACAUGACUGACAAAGUGACAGGAUCCUGACAGGAAUGGCAAAUGGAAAAAAAAGUUAAACUUAGCCUCAGCUCAGUAGUGUUUGAACAGAGGCAGACUUCAUUCAUUCAAACCGUUUCACUGUAAGUAUGCCAGAAUAUGUCCACAGUGUCUUUAAAUGUCUUUCUCUGGACAGACAUCAGCGUCACACGUGUGAUAGACGCCACAGAACAUCAGGAGACAAGAGACACACACACCUGCCACACACACCAGUGAGUCAAUGAGUGUGUGUGUUUGAAAAUCAUCCAUAAAUAAAAUAAUGUGUUGUGUGAAGAAGGCUUCACACACGUUUGCAGCUGAACUGAUGAGACGUUUGCAGGACCUUCAAACACAAACACAGGAAGAGGAAGUCGAUAAUGAUCUCACUAAUGUAACCUUGUUAUCCCGAAAUAUGGCGCUUAGUCCUGCCCACUCCCACUGUUGCUGUGAUACCGUCAGCCAAUGGCAGGACACACAUAAAGUAAACGUCACUGAACACGUGAAGAAGAAUCCUGCACACACACACACAGAUUAUGGGUGUGUGUGUGAGAGCGUGACAGUUGUGUAUUAUUUGUGUGGAGAGUGUAUCCCGUACAGGACGAGUGUUCAGGGUGACGGUGUGACUCUGGCUCAGUUUAAAUCACUGCUGACCCGCAGAGGCCCGUACAGGUUUUAUUUUAAGAGAACGAGCGCUGAGUUUGACUGCGGUGUGGUUUACGAGGAGAUACGUGAGGAUGACGCUGUCCUGCCCACGUUUGAAGAUAAAAUUAUUGCAAAAGUGGAGAGAAGAAUGGAUAAAUAUUAA